ACUUUUUGUUCCCCCCCCCCCCCCCCCGCACCCCCUCGUCGGUAACAUUGAGGAUAAAACAAGUCCACCUUUAUUUUUUUUUAUUUUUCUGAAGAGAUGUCGAAGCCUGCCGAUCACAUCAAGAGACCCAUGAACGCCUUCAUGGUCUGGUCCCGGGGCCAGCGGAGGAAAAUGGCUCAGGAGAACCCCAAAAUGCACAACUCCGAGAUCAGCAAAAGGCUCGGCGCCGUGAAGCUGCUCUCCGAGUCCGAGAAGAGACCGUACAUCGACGAGGCCAAGCGGCUGCGGGCUCAGCACAUGAAGGAGCACCCCGACUACAAGUACCGACCCCGGCGCAAGCCCAAGAACCUGCUGAAGAUGGACAGGUACGUCUUCCCUCUGCCUUACCUCGGCGACAGCGACCACCUGAAGGGUCUGUCCGUCUCGGCCGCGGACUCCCUGUUGAGCCACUCGGAGAAGGCGCGGGCGUUCCUGCCGCCCACCAGCUCCCCGUACUCCUUCCUCGACCCGAGCCAGUUCAGCUCCAGCGCCAUCCAGAAGAUGACGGAGAUGCCGCACGCGUUGAGCGCCGGCGCCCUGCCCUACGCGUCCUCUUUGGGAUACCAGAACGGCGCGUUCGGCGCCCUCGGGUGCCCGAGUCAGCACACCCACACCCACCCGUCGCCCACGAACCCGGGCUACGUCGUCCCGUGCAACUGCACGGCGUGGUCAACGUCGAGUUUACAGCCCCCGGUAGCCUACAUACUUUUUCCAGGUAUGACCAAGAGUGGGAUAGACCCAUAUUCAUCCGCACACGCCGCCGCCAUGUAACCCUCGGGACUGUUUUGCUUUUUCUUUCUCUUUUUUAAUUCACUUGAAUACUGAAAUGCAUGUAAAUAUAUUAUGGACAACGCGCCCCAUUUAAAAAAAAAGAGAGAGAGGCCAGAACAGUAUUAAUUGCCUUGGACUUGUUAUGGCAAAAAAAAGGAGGAGAAAAUGAACCCAAAACUUUUCCAGAAAUUCAACAAGUUCCCGACCGGAGCGAAGGAGCGUGGAUAUGGUGUAAAGGACGGUGCCCUGUGAACUGUAAGAAAUGUAAAUGUUAUAACGUUUAUGGCAACCAGAAAUAAGGAGGCCUUUAACUUUAUUUAUUGUGUACAUUUCAAUGCCGAUAUGAUGACAUGUGUUGUUUUUUUAAUAUAGGGAACUCUUUUAUUUUGAAAAAAAUUGGCUUGCACAAUUAGCGUUCUUAUUUCCUGUAUCGGCCUAAGUAGUCUACAUUUUGGCAACCGUGAUUUCACGAUGUUAUAGGUUGUAAACAUCAGGACCCACAGGCUGGAUUAUAUGCGGGACAUAUUGUUUGUAUUUAUCAAAAACCUGGCACAUGAAACUUGACGGUCUAUUUAAGAUGACACAAAAAAAAGAAGAAAUAAUCAUUUAAGUCGAAAAUGUUUGUUUUUUUACCUGUGGUUCUGUGCUAAUAUAGUCUCACGCGUCAUUUAUUUUCCUUUGGUUUUUUUAAGGAUAACUUCUAUUUGAAUUCAAGGAGUUACAUGUGUAUUAUCAUCUAAGAUGGUGAUUUUUAAAAAGCUGUCAUGUUAUGGAGAGGAUAAUGUAUCUGGGAGGGUUGAUACCUCCUGGUCUUUGUUCAAUUGCUGAGCAAAGGCAUUUCGAAUAAAGACAAUCUGUCUUCAACGCUAUCAA